CAGACAAGGAGGACCUGACGUUGGAGAAUACCAUUGCACUUUUUUUUUUAACAAUAGGACGUUGUUUUUUUUUUACUAUUUGUUUCUUCGUAAAUAUGUCUUUUUCUAGCAAUCACUCCUUGGACGGCAGCUUUCCUCCGUCUCCAGCGGAGGGCAGGGGUUCACAGCGGCUGUCCUGGGGCAGUCUGCUGCAGAGGCUGGCUGAGCUGAAGGGGCUCAAUCAGAGGGUCACAACAGAUCAUCAGUGCAGCAGCAGCGAAACUGGAUCUGUGACAGACAUGUCCCUGUCAGAAUCAGACAGCAGUUUCUUCCUGCUGGAGGAGACCCUGGCCGCAGAGGUCGCAGCAACAAUAACACAAAGUCUCAACGAUGCAUCAGAAAUCCUGGGCUGCUCCAAACUCAUCCUACCAGACUGCCUACUGCACAAUAUCAGCCAAGAGAUGCUGCACCUCUCCGUCAGCGAGCCCUGCGGUCUCAGAGGAGCACUCAUCGACCUGUGUGUGGACCGAGGGGACCAGAGCAACCUAUGUACUGUGGACCAAAUAGCAGUGGACGCCACCCUGGUCCCCACUUUCCAUGUGACCCUGGUGCUGAGGCUGGAGUCUGGUGGGCUGUGGCCAAAGGUGCAGAAACUCUUCAGUGGCAGCAAGUCACCACAAGCGUCUGCAAAACACCAUAACACCCUGAGGCUGAGUACGAGCUUCAGGGCGAUAAAGAGGAAACUGUAUUGCUCAGGGGAGCUGCUGAUCGAGGAGUGCUGCUGACCAAGCGCCCCUGUGCCUGAUUAGCUGAACUGAAUUCAUAUGUAUUGUGAGAGACAGCUGGUGGGUUAGGCAUUGUCUUAUUUAAAGCAGAAUCAUGUUACCCUAACACACUUCAAAUGGCACUAACAGGAUGGUCCUAGAACAGCACGGAUCUGGUGUUGGUGUAUUUAUGUGUGUUUCGGGUUUCCCUGGUACCUGCUUACGUCUCAUGGCAGCUGCUCACCUGAUUGCAGGUGACUCAAGACUCCUGUUUGAACAUGGGUCUGUUUCCUUCCUAUGAAUGUAAAGUCACACCCAUACGGGAAUGGCUCACUGUGUGAAUUUGACAGUCAAAUAUUACCGGAAGCUUGUGUCUUUUGUACUUUUCAACAACUUGA